AUUUGUAUUAUCUGUGUAAUGUAGGCCUAUGCCUAUUUUAUUUGUGAUUUAGUGAAUUGAAUUGAUAUUUUAAUUUCAUCGUGUAAUUGUAAUUUUAAAUAGUAUAUACUUUUCUGUAUCGUCAAUGCCUUUCUAAUUUCCUGAAACAUAUAGUAAAGGGCCAAAAUGCCUUCGAUAGAUGUAAUGGGCCCUCCGGGGCAACCACAAGAAGGUCCACCUGAAGAACCUCAAGCGCCUCCACCACCUGUUAUUGGCAUUAUUUACCCACCCCCAGAAGUCAGGAACAUUGUUGACAAAACUGCAAGUUUUGUGGCUCGCAACGGUCCCGAAUUUGAAGCACGUAUUAGGCAGAAUGAACUCGGCAAUCCUAAAUUCAACUUUCUGAACUCGGGUGAUCCGUACCAUGCUUAUUAUCAACAUAAAGUCAAAGAGAUCCGGGAAGGAAAAGGAAAUGAUGUGUCAGCAGUUUCGAUUGUCCCUGUUCUGCAACGGCCUGGUCUCGCGCCAGCCACCGCUGCUCGCCAGCAGGAACUCCUUAAGGCAGCUGUUCCAGCUGAACCUCCACCACCUCGCGAUCCACCGCCAGAUUUCGAGUUCAUUGCCGACCCCCCGUCUAUUUCUGCACUUGAAUUGGAUAUUGUUAAGUUGACGGCGCAAUUCGUAGCGAGAAAUGGCAGACAGUUCCUCACAGACUUGAUGAAGAAGGAGGAAAGAAACCAUCAGUUUGAUUUUCUUCGCCCACAGCACUCCCUCUUCCAGUAUUUCACGCGGCUUUUAGAGCAAUACACGAAGGUUUUACUGCCGCCAAAAGAACUCGUAUUCAAGUUGUCUGCCGAGGUCAGAAGUGGUGUGUUGGAACAGGCACGCAGUCGCGCCGCGUGGCACUCGUACCAAGCACGACGUAAGGUCGCGGACGAAGCGAGAAUUGAGAAAGAGCGUCUCGCUUAUGCUUCCAUUGAUUGGCACGAUUUUGUGGUUGUCGAAACAGUUGAUUACCCAGCGGGUGAACCUGGUGAUUUCCCUCCACCGACCACUCCACUCGAAGUCGGCGCUCGGGUGCUGGCUCAGGAACGCGGGGAGGAUAUCAGCCACGGUCAGGAUGAUGAUGACACCGAGAUGCAGCUGGAAUCUGAAUCCGAAUCGGAGUCAGAUGAUGAGUUGGCCGAAAUGGAGGAUCGAACACAACAACAACAGCGGCCGGACGAUAACCGCGUCCAAGACAUGGAAGAGGACAGCUCAUCUUCAGAGGAUGAAGGUCUUCCAGAGCCGCCUGCGAAGCAAGUUGGCGAAGAAGCGCCGUUGCCGCCUCGUCCUGACCGCGUCGUUGUUAAGAAGUACGAUCCGAAACGUGCUAGGCCUCAACCGACGCCCGCAAGCGAAGAAUGGCUCGUAUCGCCCAUCACUGGAGAGAAAAUUCCCGCGAACAAAGUGGCAGAUCACGUCCGUAUCGGUUUACUGGAUCCUCGCUGGUUAGAACAGCGCGACAGAGCUGCCGCCGAGCGCACCGACAGGGAUGAAGCUCUAGCACCUGGUGCCGCCAUUGAAGCCUCUCUUAAACAGCUUGCGGAGCGCCGUACCGAUAUCUUCGGUGUGGGCGACGAGGAAACGACGAUCGGUAAGAAGAUCGGCGAGGAGGAGAAACGGCGCGAUGACCGCGUCACGUGGGACGGACACACGUCCAGCGUGGAGGCGGCCACCAGGGCGGCGCGCGCGCACAUCACGCUCGAGGAUCAAAUACAACAGAUACACAAGGUGAAAGGUCUGCUGCCGGACGAGGAGAAAGAAAAGAUCGGUCCGAAGCCCGUGUCCGGCCCGGCCCGGGGCCGGCCGCCCGCGCCGCCCGCGCCCCCGGGCCUGGCGCCGCCCGCCCCGCCCGCGCCCCCCGCCCCGCCCGCGCACCCCGCCCACCCCGCGCACCCCGCACACCCCGCGCACCCCGCGCCGCCCGCGCCCGUGCUGCUGCAGCCGCUGCCGCCGCUGAUGGUGCUGCCGCCGAUGGCGCCCCGCCCGCCGCUCAUCCCCACGCCCGCGGCAUACGGGUUCCCUCCUGCACCGCCGGCGGAGGAGGAGGAGGCUCCGCCCACCAAGCGGCUGCGCACAGAGGACGCGCUGGAGCCCGAGGGGUCCUGGCUCGCGAGGCACCCCGCGCCCGCACACAUACAGGUGUCGCUGCCGUCGGCCCCGGAGCGCGCGGAGUGGCGGCUGGACGGGCGCCUGCUGCCGCUGACCGUGUCGCUGGCCACCGCCGUCGCCGACCUCAAGAGCAUGCUGCAGCGCUCCACCAACAUGCCCAUCGCCAAGCAAAAGCUGCACUACGAGGGCCUGUUCUUCAAAGACACAAACACGCUGGCGUAUUACAACGUGCCGCCCGGCGCCGUCAUACAACUGCAAGUGAAGGAGCGCGGUGGACGCAAGAAGUAAAUCACAAGAUAAUCACUACAUACAUGUUUUUACAUGAUUUUGACAGAAUAAAUGUAGAACUAUUAAUUCGUUUUUCA